UUUUUUCGCGCAAGCGCCCUAUGGAGUAGCGGGGGCCGCAUCUCUGUGUCAUCCGCAUGCGCUUCUUCCACUCAAUUAUUGUACUACUAUUCUCCAUUUCUACAGGAUCUGCUUUUCUUUUGUACGGCUGCAACCUUAGCGAAAAUUUAUGCGACAAUGACGAAUCGUGCUAUCCAGACGGUGUAUUCGGUCAGUGCUACUCAUCAGAGAGCGGAUCGCCGGAGCCAACUGUUCUAGACAACUUAGAUGAUACUCAACUGGAAUUAUUGAAACUCGAGUUGACAAGGCUUGCCGCCAAAGACAAGGAUUGGGGAGACGAGGAAACACAAUGCGUACUCGCUUACUUCAAAAUGUCAAUGUUCUACCAAUUGCAAUACGAUCCAGACUUCUGUCAAGUCCGAAAACCUGCCAACGUAUGGGCACUCAUUCAACUAAUCGACACUGGUCUCACCGAGGAUCCGACUAUUCUCGACGAGGACGUGAAUCCGGAAAAUGUGACCGAUGAGGAUAUGGCUCAAAUUAUCGAGCAACUCAAGGAACCAUCCCUGCCAACGGAAGAAGAUAUUGAAGAAGCUCUUAACGCUCAAAACGAAGAUGUGGACGACGAGAUCCUUGAUCAAUAUGUCCAAGCUGUCGUCAAUAAUGAGAAUCCCGACUUUUCCGAACUCUCGGACGGUCAGCUUAACAUCUUGAUUGGUCGACUCGUCGACUUAAAAAAAAACGUGGAAAAUGAGGAAGCUCAAUUGUUGACUGGAGAUGGAGAACAAGAAAUGGCAGUUCCAUUGGAUGAUCUUGAAGAAAGAGGAGAACAAGCUAUUCUAAAGAAAGAUAUCGAACAAGUUGGAGAAAUUAAUCAAGGACUCGAUAAUACGGAGCACAAGAUUGUCAAGGGACGUAAGGAUCAAGUAGUAACACGUGUUGAUGCCAAUCGUGUUUAUUUGAAAGUUCAUCUAAAGAAUGAAGAUCAACUGAUGCCAUUAAUUGAGUUCCUACAAAAUACUAUUGCAAUUCCGAAUAAUCUUUAUUUUGAUGAUUUCCAGUUUGAAAAUGGUCAGUUGUCGAUGCGAAUCUCAAGAUUUGAGGGAGCAAAACCCAAAGCCGACAAACGAAUCGACUCUGUUGAAGGUGUCGCGUCUGCUGUUUACAAACGACGAAAGGAUAUCGCGAGACUCUCCGGAGCCGACGUUCGUGAGACUGGAAUUGGGAGUGGAGAGGAUGGUAGUCUACCAGUUGAGUCAUCUGAACGCGAUUGGCUCUUGAUGCCAGUUCUUUUCGUGUGUGCAUUCACUGUCACUGCUCUCGGACUCGUCGCCGCCGUGCAGAUCGCUAGAUCCCGUCGUCAUUACAAGGACAACAUCCAACAAAUCGCCGAGCAACUUGAUGGAAAGAAUUCAUUCGCCUAUCAGGAUCUGUGCAGACAAAGAGCCGAUGGAGGACGUGCUUCAAAGUCAAGCUCAACGUCUUCAUGGUGUGAAGAGACUGCUGUUCCGACAAUUGAUAUCUCAACUGGACAUGUUGUUUUGAACUUCCUCCAAGAAUACCUUUCGGAACCAACAAAGAUUGAGGCUCAAUGGAACGGAAUCAAGGAUUACCGCAACGAGGAGAGAACGAAGACGAAGGCUGAAAAGUUUGCAUCACAGAACAGAACAAUUCUUCCGUUUGAUGACAACAUUGUUGACAUUGAUGGAAAGACCGCUGAAAACGAGGAUUUCUAUCUGAAUGCAAGCUUCAUCUACGACGAUGAUCCAAGACAAGCCGUCUACAUUGCUGCUCAAACUCCAGCUAGCUCCCAGAUCGCAGCCUUCUGGCAAACGAUCUGGCAACACGGUGUCUGCCUUGUCGUAAACCUCUCCACACCGGAGGAGUGCAAGCAAGAGAAGAACUAUUGGCCGGAUACUGGAAGUGAGGUUCACGGAGCAUUUGAAAUUCAUCUUGUUUCGGAGCACAUUUGGUCUGAUGACUACCUCGUUCGAUCCUUCUACCUCAAGAAUCUCCAAAACAGUCAAACACGAACAAUCACCCAAUUCCACUACCUUUCAUGGCAAAAAGAAUCAACACCAACGAGUGCUAAGAGCAUUUUGGAGUUCCGUCGUAAAGUGAACAAGUCAUAUCGCGGACGAUCAUCCGCAGUGCUCGUUCACUCUUGGGAUGGCUCAGGUCGUACAGGAGUAUAUUGUGCAGUUGAUGUUCUUUGUGCACGCCUUCUUCGUGGAAUCAGGCAAAUUGAUGUCGUCGCCACCGUUGAACAUUUAAGGGACCAGAGAGAUGGAAUGGUAGCGACCGGAGAUCAAUUCAAACUCGUUUAUGGAUGUGUCGCCCAAGAAGUAAACCAUCUUCUAAAGUCAAUCGCUACUAAAUAAUUAAAAUUUUACGCAAUCGUUGUUCCCCACUACAAAAGAGAGAGUUUUGUCCCCCCAUAUCCCCCCAGCCGCCGCCCAUUCCCCCAGCCCAUUUGAUCUCUUGAAACAUUCCUAAUUUUAUCUCAAAAUAUUGAGAUUUCAUAUUAUUUCAUGAAAAAAACAAAGAUUUAUUCUUCCGAAAAAAGUUAUGUCGAAGAAGAAAGAACCCGAAUAAAAAUUGUCGCAUUGUUG